AUGGCUUCUGCAAUGGCAUUGAAAUCAUUUUAUGUUGCUUCGGUUCUUUUAUGCUUGUGUAAAUCCAGUUUCGAGCAAGCAAUCUUUAACCCGUUGGAUUAUGAGGCAGAGGGAGAUGGCAAAACCGAUGAUAGUCAGGCGUUAGUGGACGCAUGGGACUCGGCAUGCGAGCACCAUGCGCCGGCGAUCUUCCUCAUCCCGGCGCACACCACCUUCUUGUCCGGCCCGGCAUCCUUCGAAGGCCCCUGCCGCGUCACUCCCAGAGUCCACAUCGUCGGCACGUUGAAGGCCGUCGAAUCCAUCAGCGCCUUCCACUACCCCGCCUGGAUCGAGUUCAAGCACCUCGACGACCUCCACAUCACCGGCGGCGGCACCCUCGAUGGCCAGGGAGCUCGCUCUUGGCCCCACGCCUGCUCGAGCUGCAAAAAGCUCCCCAUGUCGUUGAGGUUGCUGAAGGUGAGCACUAUGACCCUGGCCAACUUGACGUUCCUCAACAGCAAGGGGUUUCAUAUCAGCGUCCAGCAGAGCUCCUUCAUCAACAUAACACACCUCAACAUAACAGCCCCCGGCGACAGCCCCAACACCGACGGCAUCCACAUAAGCGGAACCACCGACAUCAAGAUCGCCGACCUCCACAUUGGCACAGGCGACGACUGCAUAUCAAUAGGGCAAGGCGCCACCAACGUCAACAUAGCGAACGUCAGAUGCGGCCCUGGCCAUGGAAUUAGCAUUGGAAGUCUUGGGAAGUAUCAGGACGAGGCGAACGUUUUCGGUGUGCACGUGAGGAACUGCUCGCUUUCGGAAACCACCAACGGAGUCAGGAUCAAGACUUGGCCUGGUUCCCCACCGAGCCAAGCGUCCAACUUCACAUUCCAGGAUAUCGUCAUGGACAACGUCUCCAACCCCAUCUUCAUCGAUCAACAAUACUGUCCAGAUUCUAAAUGCACUGGAGCAGUAAGACCUAAACCAAAAUUAGUGAAGAUCCGUAACGUACAGUUCAAAAGAAUAAGAGGGACUUCAAAUGGACCUAUGGCAGUGAAGCUACUUUGCAGCCCGAGCGUGCCUUGUGAGAACGUCUUUCUGGAGGAGAUCAGCCUGACGAUGGCAAACAAUGCCAAGUCUAGUACGACCUUGUCGUCUUGCUCCAAUGUAAAGGGUUCUGCAGCGGGGACUCAGAAGCCUGAUCCCUGUGUCAAAAAGGUACCUGCGAGGGGCUCCGAGAAUGCUAGAGAGGCAGUCAAGGACUCAGGCAAGGCGCCUCCAGUUCCACACAGGCAAACCAAGCCUUAUGCCCGUUCCCAAGGAAGGAAAAUCAACAAGCAUAGAGGAGGGAGAAAUAGUAAGCCAUAA